AGCAUGGACAUCACGCAAAUGAAAACAGUGUUGCGACAAGUCAACAGUAUGUAGGAUUUAGAACAAGACGCAGAUCUUCUUUGUUAUUAUAGAACAGCGGACAUCCGUGGACAUAUCGCGAUGUUACGGCUGUUCUCUAUCUAUGGUUUUCCUGCACUGUGGAAGUGCAGUUAUCAGGGGGCAUCCUGUGUUACCGAGAGGAAAGUUUUAAGUUUAUUACCAGUCAGCAGCACCUUCCGUCACCGACCACUCACCCUUGCUUGCCACUUUAGUACUGGGAGGCCAGUAUGGAGCGAUGCCCUGCAGCCAAAGAGAGACAGAUCCGAGGAAAAAGAGGCAAUGGAUCUGAACAAAUGGAAAUCUAUCAUGAGAUCCCAAGCUGCAUCAGAAGAGAAACAACAAGUCAAUGAUAAAGAGGAAGCAAGUGAUGCUGAUGAAAACCUCAAAGAACCAGAAGAUGAUUUAAAGAACAGUUCUUCGCUGCAGGCAACUCGGGAUCUGGUUGCAAUGUGGCGGCAAGCUGGGAAGCGUGUACCUCAAGAGAUUACUGAUGAAGAGGUUCAGACGCUGUCAGGGCUCACUGCCAAAUCCUCUAUGAAGAAGUACCUGAAGCACCUGGCUCUCAGGGAGCGCCACAAAGAGGUGCGUAAAGAGAAGAAGCAGAAGAAGAAGGAAGAAAGGGAAGCUUCGAUGAAUCAGAAUAAAGCAAAGGACAGCAAUGCAGAGGAAGGCAAUGAUCAGAGAGAGAGAGAACUGAAAAACACAUUCCUCCUCCAGUUCUGGAACCGCUCUGUGGACACGCAGCAUGCCUGGAGGAGCGCCCAGGCCAUGGUGUUUGGUCAGCCGCUGGUCUUUGACAUGAGCUAUGAGUCCAACAUGGUCAGGCAGGAGGUAGAGAAUACAGUGCGCCAGCUGGUGGAGGCAGAAGGGUGGAACCGGCGUGCCACUGAUCCCUUUCACCUCCACUUCUGCAACCUGCAGCCAAAAGGGGCUUACAUGCAGCAACUGCUCAAAAGAUAUGGUGCAGAGGCCUGGGACAACCUGCUCGUCACCAGCACUGACCACCAGCAUGUUGAUGUGUUCCCCAGGGAAAAGCUGGUAUAUCUCACUGCAGACUCCCGCAAUGUUCUCCACACGUUUGACCACUCCAAGGUCUACAUAAUUGGAGCUCUAGUGGACCGAUCGAUCCAGUCAGGCUUGUCACUGGCCAAUGCCAAGCGUCUUAAUCUGGCCACAGCCCGUUUACCGCUGGAUGAGUUUCUCCACUGGGACAUGGGAACCAAAAAUCUGACUCUGGACCAGAUGAUCCGCAUCAUGAUGACUAUGAAGGACACAGGCAAAUGGGAGGAGGCGUUGAAGUUUGUGCCGAAGAGGAAGCAUGAUGGCUUCCACAAGGACCAGACGGAGAAAGAUAUUACCAAUAAAUGGGUCAGGGGAGUCACACAUCAUGGACCAAGAGUGGACAAUGGCAGGCAGUUAAGAUCUGGUGAACGGACAUUUAAAAAUGAGAGCCAAAAACUUUACAGGUUUCAUAAUCAGUCUGGGUUCACUGGUAGAGACAGAAUGACUGGACUGCCCAGUGGCAGAGAAAACCAACCUGCUACAACCAGAGUACAGACAUCACUUAAGAAUACCUUGGCGGGAAGAAAAGGUGCAGGCAAAAGCAAGAUAUGGUGGGAUGACGAGUGAAGUCAACAAAAAUUGUAACUUUGGUUAAAAAGGACAUGUUUUGCAAGCACAGUUUGAGGAAAUGUCAGAAAAUGAGAGGUGAAUAAAAUGUUCUAAUAGGUUGACAAUUGUGCUUAUUAUUUGCUUUUUUGACUGUGACAAUGCAGGGUUAUAAACAGGACAAGAACAAGACAUUUUAACAAAUUUGAAACUGCUUUGGUCUUUAUUUUGAUCUGUUGUGGAAAACAAAUGAUCUAGAAUUAUAUUUAUGGUGUGCUUUCACUGUAUAUUAUACUGUCACCAUCACCACAAAAAGCACUUUCCAUAGAGAUGACAAAAAUCAAAAAAUUAUUCAGCUUGGUUUUAGAAUGUUGCAAAAAGGCAUGUGCAAUAUAUUACAAGUCAUUUCAUAGUAUUGUAUUCUGAGGCAAAAUAAGUCUUAAAUCUUUUUCAAUGAUGAAUUAUGACAAACAUCACAAAAAUUAAUGACAUUAUGCAAUGAAAACAAAUCAAACAUCACAACUUUAAAAUCUUUUUGGAAAAUCUAAGAAAAUGGCAUUUUUAUCUGAAACAACACCAAAGUCAAACUGCAAAUAACUGGACAUGUGUGGAUAUUAGAUAAUAUCAGGGUUUUCUUUGAACAACACUGCUGCACAAUAAUAGUCUGUUGCAGGACCAUAAAAAUCACUUACAAAAUAUUUAUGGUAUAUUAUAAUGCCUUUGCAGCAUGCAAUAUACAAAACAUGUGAAUACAGUGUUGUUUUUUUUAAAUAUCAUAGCACCAUCAUACCGAGAAACUGGGCAGAUUCUUGCAGUGUAAGAGGCAUCCUCUCUUAUUUUUUGCUCUUGUACAUUCACAGUGCACGAGACUGUGCUAUUAACUCAUAAUCUGUGAGCUUUCAGGAGGGUAUGUCCGAAACAAGCUGCUCAGUCAAGCCUCAGGCGUUUCAGCCUGUUUACUCUAUUGUCCGCACAUUAACUAUUAGUUUAUCUGCUGAUUUCUUUCAUUGGUUAUUUAGUGAAUUGUUUAGAAAUGUAACUCAGUUGGCGGUGUAGGUAUGCCUAGAAACUGUAAGUUUACAUGAACUAAAAAAAAGAAAAAGCACAAACAGAGGCUACAGGGACAUGGCAGGUAAUUGAU